GCCAUACCACUAUUACGAGCACUAGAGAACUCUUCUGCAGUAGUGGGUGUCCCUAUGUCUUGGGUCCUUCAGGUUACAGCGAAAUUUGUGAUGCUACUGAGGCAGCUACAGCAGGCUGAAACAACAGCACGAGGAGGUGAAACAUCAAAUAUUUCAGUCCCACAGCCAAUCACUGUCGCACACACUGGCAAACCAGGGAGACCCCGUAAGGUGCCAAAUGUCCAGUUGUUGCAUGAAUUUGCCUCUCCUGGUCGUCAUCUACAACAAACCAAACUAGCACAGGUCAUGGGCAUCCAUCAUAAUACCUUACGCUCCUACUUAAAGCAGAACAAUGUUAGCUAUAAGUAUAGCCUGAUCUCAGAUGCAGACCUGGAUCAAGCUUACAAGGUUUCACGGCCAAAUGCUCUGUGGCACAUGGAUGGGCACCAUAAGCUAAUC